AUGGGGUCAAUCGGGAGUGUGGACCCGUCGCAAGCGGUCGACGGCUUGGUCCGUGCCAUGCGGGAUCUCACUGCUGACACCAACUACAAGAUCGUUGCCGACGUCUUCAGCGAGUUCCUGUUCCUGAAAGAGCACAACAACCGCCUUUCCAACUCCCACGUCGUCGUGCUCGAGGAGUACCGCAAGUUCAGGAAUGAGCUUGAGUCCCACGAGGCCCUGCUGAUCAAGGAGAAGGGGGAGCUCGAGCAAACGAUUAAAGAGAAGGUCCAAGAGUCACACCAACUCAGCGCCAUCAAGAUAAAGUUGGAGGGCGAUCUUGAGGACACGAUAAAAAGCCUCGAGCUGGAGAAGAGCAAUGCUGCCGACGCCGCCAAAGCUGCUGCAAAGGAGCUGGCCGACCUCCAAGCAGCAAAGGUUGUUGUGGAGGAUGCGAAAAAGGACGCAGAGGAUGCCGCCGCCGCCGCCGCCGCCGCUGCGGCGCAGGAGAUCGCAGCUCUGACAGAAGCCAAGACCGGCCUGGAAGAGGUGAAGGCGAGCAACGAGGCCGAGAUUGCAUCGCUGCAGGGGAAUGUUGCCGGGCUCGAGGGCGCCAAAGCCGCGCUGGAAGAGGUCAAGGUUAAUAAAGAGGCCGAGAUUGAGAAGCUGAAGGAGAACAUCGCCACCUUGGAGGAGGAGAAGAAGAAGGUGGAGGAAGCACUCGAGGCAGCCAAUCAAAAGAUUGCCUCCUUGAACGACACGGUCGCCCACAAGGACACGGAAAUAGAGAGUCUGCACGAGUCACUACGGGCCGUGGAGGAGCAGAUCGGCUCCCUGCAGCAGACCGUUGACGACAAGAACGGCGAGAUCGAUGAUCUUCAUGGUCGACUCAAGGCCGAGACUGAGCGGGCCGAAAAUGCCAUUGCCCACGGCAACGAUCUCCAGACAAAGCUGGAAGAGACGGACCACGAUCUGCAGGCCAUGACUGGGAGGUUUGAGGAUCUCGAACAGUACCGGAUCGAACUCGAGCAGGACAGCGAAGACAGCUAUGUUACGGUUCUUGACAAGAUCUGGACUACGCUUGUGCACCUGGUUGAAAACACGUUCCGGCCAGACAUCGACGAGUCAAUCUUGGCGGACCAGUCCUGCUGGACAAACCUGCGCAACUCGCAAUACCUCAAGCAUGCAACACAGCUGCAGGUACCAUUGCCGCCAUCCAACUCGCCGGCCGCCAAGGGCAUGCGCAUCAGCGCGGUUCUAGCUGUGCUCUCGCGGGCGCUGCACAAACACGUGUUCCGGCCAGUCUACAUCCUCGAAGACGACGACGAAGGUUUAGUCAAGUUCCUCCGCACCCUCGAGGACGAAGAUCCAUCACGCGAGGCCCACAUGCGAGCAACGCUACUGUCUAUGAUGCCCGAGAGGCAGCUCGACCAAGGGGCGCGCCGCGUCAAGACAGUUGUACGGGAGGUGUCGUGGCUCGUACAGCACUUGCUCAGUGCCCUGCAGUUCGAGGCAUUCUGCUCCGGACUCGAAUCUGCCUGCCGGGUGGCCUGUGAGCAAUGGCGUCGCAUCCAGAUAGCCAACAUCAAGAUCGAGCCAUACUUUGGGCCUCCGUAUGACGACUUCGACUGGCAGGUGCUCGAGCUGCCAGAGUUUGCCGAGGCGGCUGAGGGCGAAGAUGCGAUGACGGUGACCAUAGAUGACCAUGACGACGGCGCUACCGUGACCGAUGGCCCGCUGGAGACGGUAGAGGCUAGUGAGGUGCAGUCGGACGGUGCUGCAGGCGAUGCCAACGCCAUGUUCGACAAUCUCGACGCCUCGUCCCAGCAGAAUCUCGAGCACGGCGUCGAAGACAUGGAAGAGGAGGAUGGCGACUGCGACAUCGAUCCGGAUGAGAUCCUCCUCGUUGUCUGGCCAAGCAUGUGCUUGGUCGAGAACGGCGAGCUCAUGUCCAUCACGCAAGGCCUGGUUAUCUCCAAAGAGCAGGCCCGCCCGGCUCUCGAAGAGGUGCGGUCCCGCUCACGCCAACCACCACGCCCCGGGUCUCGCCGCGCCCGCACUAUGUCGAUGCCGGGCCAGAGCCGCGGCAACAGCCCGCGUGGCAAGUCGGCGCAUUUUUUAGCAAUAGCCCAGACAGCAUCCGAACCGGCGGGAGGGAUUGCCGUGGAUGGUGGAGCCGACGAUGGGUGA